AUGGCAUAUGAUCCAGCACUUUCCAAAAGCUAUAGUCAGCAGGAGCUGAAGAAACUGGGAUCUGUUGUACUGUUUGUUUGUUUUCUCAUGGCACUUACCUUUCGUACGGUUCUCAAGCAGCCCGAUUCUUCAGCUCCCGACCUGUUCGGACUCGAUUCACUGGCAGCAAUAUUCAGUCCACCCGACCCUUCCGAACCUGAUUCCAAGGCUCCCUUGAUCCGAAACCUGAGCAGCUGGAAAUCGGACGUGCUCGAAAUCACGGGCGACAUACGGAUCCACGGCCCCUCCUCCACCGUCUUCGUGGCCUCGACCUCACCGUGGCCCACGGCCUCCUCCAUAUAUCCCUACGCCCGUAAAGGAGACAAGUACAUCAUGGACAGGUUCGUCACCCGCUGGCAAAUCUCCCCCCAACCGCCGCCAAAAUUACCGAAAUGCCACCGCUGGCUACUGGCCCCGGCCGUCCUGUUCUCCGGCGGCGGCUACAGCGGCAACCACUUCCACGACUUCACCGACAUUCUCAUCCCUCUCUACCUAACCGCAAAACAAUUCAACCGGGACGUGCACCUCCUCGUAGCUGACCCGCGGCGGGAGUGGCUCCAGAAGUACAAGCUCGUGCUCGGCAAGCUCUCCCGCCACGUCAGCAUCGACGUCAGCGGCAGCGAGAAAAGCGUGCUCUGCUUCGGGAGGGCUGUCUUGGGCCUCCGGGCCCACAAGGAGUUCGGCAUCGACCCCUCGCAGACCCCGCACUACACGAUGGCGGGCUUCCGGGGGUUCAUGCGUGCCACGUUCUCGCUGCCGAGGGCCGUGGGCCCGCCGCUGGCGGCGGGACCACGGCCCCGGAUGCUGAUCAUCUCGAGGGUGGCGAACCGGUUCUUGACGAACGAGGAUGAGGUGGCGAAUGGGGCCCGCGGGCUGGGGUUCGAGGUGGACGUGGGCGAGACGAGGUGGAACGUGACGGAGACGUCAAGGCAGGUGAACACAUAUGACGUGCUCGUCGGGGUGCACGGGGCGGGGCUGGCGAACAUGGUUUUUUUGCCGGAGGGUGGGGUGGUGUUGCAGAUCAUACCAUUUGGGGCGGACCUGUGGGCCAAGCCCUACUUCGGGAGGCCCACGAGGGAGAUGGGGUUGAAGUACUUGGAGUACGAGGUGGGGCUGAACGAGAGCUCGUUGUUAGGUAAGUACCCGGCGGACAGCGAGGUGUACAGGGAUCCGGGAGCAGUGUAUGAGAAGGGGUUCUUCCAUUUCCAUGCAGUGUAUUUGAAGGAUCAGAAUGUGACUCUUGAUUUCAGUAGGUUUAAGGAGGUAUUGAUCAGAGCAUAUGAGCUUUGUCUGUAG